AUGUUUAUAUAUAUUGUGUAAUUCAGAUUAAUAUAAUAUAUUGCUGUAUGUUAGUUUAUUUAAUUUUUGAACAUAAAAUUUCUUUUGAGUAUUCAAUUAAAUUUAUAAUUUAAGUUAUACCUAGAUACUUUUUCUAAAUCAUUCCUAUCAUAAUGUAGUGCUGAAAAUGAAAUCUAUUUUUUGAAUAUGAUUAUCUUUGGUAAACUAGGCAAAAUUAUUAACUCACGCCAUCUCAAUCAUAGAUUACGAUAUAUCUAAGAACUUACUAAAUAUAUAUUGUCUUUUCAAUAAAUCUAAAGAUGUUCCACAGUUAGUUUGAAAAAGGAUUAAUUUUCUGAGUUUUUUACAACUUUCAACUUUUUGGAGUGA